ACUCUUGGCUGCUUUCCCCGGGGUUUGGACGAGGCUGACAUUCGGAGGGUAUCCAGGAGACGAUACGGCAGUCGUCAUGAUCAAAUGACGAUGCAGAUGGGUAUAAUCGUACUGCUGAUGAGAGGCAGAAAGGGGCGACGGUGAUCGAGGCGUCGUGCUUUUGUGAGUGUAUGGGCAGACGGACGUGCAGCGGAGCUUGAAUGCAACCAACACUCUUCCGAGGCUGAGCCUCAUUAAAGCCGAGCCGCGUACUCUUCCUGGUUCUCAGACUACCAGGGCCACCCGCUACCUCGCUCCGUCCCUCCUCUUUGAUCACCUGGGCUGCACACUGAGGCGCUAUGGGGGGCCAAGAUGCUGACGCCUUUAUGGCGGAUCUCCUCAACGAUAUCGACUCGUCGCCCCUUCCCUCAUCAUCGGCCAGUCGCGCCAAGACGCCUGGUACGACGCGUAUCAAACCCAGCCGCGAUGCUCCUCGUGCACCACCUCUAGCUCUCGCAAGAUCAUCACAACACCAUGCGUCGACAUCUUCUGCUCCUUCACAGCAGUCUCAACAAUCUUUCACGCCAGGGAAGUUGUCUCUUGGUCAGAUCUCCAAGCUGGCGUUUCAGAAACCCGGAUCGUCCUUACCGGGCGGACCCAGUCGCGCAGUAGCCAAACCCUCCGGCGGGCCUGCCGGUGCCUCAGCAGGAGGAGCUUUCGUCAAGGGCUCAGCCCAAUGUCCUAACCCAAAGUCUCACCAGUCGUGGUCCAGUGGUACCUCCAGUGCUUCGUCACGUCUGCCGCCAGCUGCGCAACGACCAAAGGAGGCGCGCCCUACUCCUCCCGCUCAGAGCGUCUCAGUGAGAACGUUCGCCCAUGCGAAGAGCGACAGUCAGAUCCCUUUGGCCUCUGGUUACACAUUCAAUCCGCAAAAGGACUCAGCAGCGACGAAGCCGUCGCCCUCUCGCAAAUUUCCAGACACUUUCGUCGAUGAUGAUUCCUUCGCAAGUAUGGGGGAUGACGACGCGUGGAUGGCUGACGUGGAAGAGGCUGCAUUGGCAGCACCAGUGGCUCUCAUCAAGAAGGAAGAGGAGGAUUCCGUAGGGACGAAGGCGUCGAGUCCAGCUCCGGACAGCUCCGACAGCAUGGUGAAGAGAGUGAGCCGAACCCAGAGUAAGCUCUGGGCUCAAAGAGCCAAGACUUCACAGGUGCCGGGUACUCGAUGUUCGCGAAUCGACCUACGACCACCCACUACCGAACUCCAGUCGUACCGUUCAACGCCCACAGAAGAUCAUAUUUUGUGUGGAGAAGCCUCGGAGAGGCGCUCAAUACAGAGAAGACGAAGCGCUCGAGGGUGAACUGCCCCUUGCAACCUGGGACGGUAGAGCUGAGGCGGCUCGCCAUCGCAAGCUUGUCCUGAGGGAAGAGUGGACUGCAACAAGAGUGGCGGCAGGCAAUUACAUCCACUGCAUCGGCCACUGGGCUGAUGAAUGU